UACGAAAUCCACGGAUAUGGAUGUUAUCAUUAUCUAUUUUUGUAUUAGUCGUGGUAUAUCUUUGUUUCAGUGGAUUAUUGAAGAAUGGUAGAGAUACGAGCGGUGUAUAUAGAAGAGRGAUAGUGGAGGCUCAUGAUAGGAUAUACGAUAGUUUGCUGUUACCAAGGAGAUACCAUGCAACUGGUCUUGUUAGUCUUCCAUUUGAUGAGAUCAAUGAACCGUUUGAAGCGUGGUUCGCCGGAGACAUGAAUAUGAGCAGGAUUGAUUAUUAUUAUGGUAUGGAUAAAACGAUUCAGCGAGGCGAUGUGGGAAAGCAAGGCACACUCUUCAAGAUCGUACCAAUGCAUUCAGAAAUCAAGCCAUCCAAUAACRAUUACGUCAGCUGUUGGUACAAGCCCUUGCCGAGAUGGCUUUCACGCAGCGGACAAAGUGUGGUUCCUACAAACCUGUCAGAAUUUAAUAUUUCAGGAGUUGAGAUACAUCGUGGACACCCUUGCUACAAACUCCAAAGAAAGUUCACCCAGUAUAAUAAAACAAAUACAUAUAUCCUAUACAUUACCGCUCAUGCGCCCCAUCGUCCUUUGCGYUUCGAGAUGAUAGGAUAUGACGAUCUGCUGACGUCACAUUAUGACCAUUACGUCAUCGAUUACAUCACGUUUGAGCCUUGGAAGAUCAAUACUACAGUCUUUGACGUUCCUGGAGAAUCUCUUUGCAGAAAAAGGRCAAGAAUCAAUUCCACUUACGUCAUGAAUCCCAUGGCAGAGUUUAUGCAUUUUAAUCAUGCAAAAGACAAAGAAAUAGACAAAUUGUAUGACAAGUACAAGAAAAAACAUCGCAAGAAGUACAAAACAGCGAAGGAACACGAGACCAGAAAACAUAUCUAUAAACACAAUAUGAGGUUCAUUUACUCCAAGAAUCGUCAAAACCUAAAAUACAAGUUAGRAUCAAAUCACUUGACGGACAUCAGUGAUGAAGAAAUCCGCGUUCAAAAUGGACUCCUCCACGACCAUACGAGUCGACAUCCGGCCGCCAAACACAUAAAUAUUAACAUUAGUAGAGCUUUGGCAAGGGUGCCGCAGAGUCUAGAUUGGAGAGAUUAUGGAGCUGUUUCCCACGUCCACAGCCAAGGGAUGUGCGGUUCAUGCUGGACCUUCUCGGCGCUAGGAGCUGUCGAGGGCUCAGUCUUCUUGCGAACUGGGAAACUUGUAGAGCUCUCCAAACAGCAGCUUCUAGAUUGCACGUGGCCGGUCGGUAACCAUGGUUGCAGGGGAGGAUUCCAGGACAGAACACUGCGGUGGAUCAAACGAAACGGCAUUGCUACCAAGAGGGAUUAUGGACAGUAUCUUGCACAGGAGGGGUACUGUCACUGUGGUAAAGGUAACUGCACUACUGUCCACAUUAAUGGCUUCAUGCAUGUCAAGAAACAUAAUCCACUGCUACUCAAGAUUGCCUUGGCAACUCAUGGGCCAAUAGCUUCUUCAGUCAACGCUGAUCGAAAAACAUUUAGAUUCUACAGUCACGGUAUCUAUGACGACGUAAAGUGCAGAAGAAACACAAACCACGCGGUUAUAACGGUUGGCUAUGGCAACGAAAAGGGCGUCUCCUAUUGGUUGAUCAAAAACUCGUGGGGACACCUGUGGGGAGAGAAUGGUUAUAUCAAGAUAUCGGCUAGAAGGAACUUAUGUGGUACGACUAGCGGUUCGCUGAUUGCUAUAAAGAAGAGCAAUAAUAUGAAAGAGUUUCCGCUGGAACACCUUAGGAAGAUACCAUGGAAAAACGAUGAUGGUCCUAAGGAAGAAGAGCUAGAACCUCUUCCAUUCUAGCAAAAUAAUGCUAUAAUAUAAGGGCGGGAAUAUGGAAGAGUUUCAGCUAGAAUACCUUAGGAAGAUACCAUGGAAAAACGAUGAUGGUCCUAAGGAAGAAGAGCUGGAACCUCUUCCAUUCUAGCAAAAUAAAAGUAAAGAUUGCCAAGAAAAACCACCCAAAA